GACAAAGAGAAGGAGGUGGAAGAAGAGGAGGAGGAAGAGGACAAAGAGAAGGAGGAAGAGGACAAAGAGAAGGAGGUGGAAGAAGAGGAGGAGGAAGAGGACAAAGAGAAGGAGGUGGAAGAAGAGGAGGAGGAAGAGGACAAAGAGAAGGAGGUGGAAGAAGAGGAGGAGGAAGAGGACAAAGAGAAGGAGGUGGAAGAAGAGGAGGAGGAAGAGGACAAAGAGAAGGAGGUGGAAGGGGAGGAGGAGGACAAAGAGAAGGAGGUGGAAGAAGAGGAGGAGGAAGAGGACAAAGAGAAGGAGGUGGAAGAAGAGGAGGAGGAAGAGGACAAAGAGAAGGAGGUGGAAGAAGAGGAGGAGGAAGAGGACAAAGAGAAGGAGGUGGAAGAAGAGGAGGAGGAAGAGGACAAAGAGAAGGAGGUGGAAGAAGAGGAGGAGGAAGAGGACAAAGAGAAGGAGGUGGAAGAAGAGGAGGAGGAAGAGGACAAAGAGAAGGAGGUGGAAGAAGAGGAGGAGGAAGAGGACAAAGAGAAGGAGGUGGAAGAAGAGGAGGAAGAGGACAAAGAGGAGGAGGUGGAAGAAGAGGAGGAGGAGGAC